AUGCCAAAACGAAAGCGCGGGGAGCCCAAUCUUGGGGAUAAGCUUGAAAAGCACUGUAAUGAUGUCUCCAAGGCACUCAAGGCUGCAAAGGGCCUAGAGCGCCAGCGAUACAGUAAAAGACUUCAUGAAGAUGGAGUUGAGCCUGAUAAGAAGGAAAGAUUGGAACGAGAGGUGACGGUCUUGAAGUCUCUUGAUCUUCACCAAACAGCGCGCGCUCACCUCUACUCGUCGAUCCUCAAAGUCAAAGACCUUGCUGCAUCGACCGACCUCCCCGAAGAGGUUCGCACCGGCGUUCCCAAACCCGAGCUUACUCCCGAAGAACAGGCUGCGCUACACAAUGUUACCAGUGCACUAUAUAAUCGUGAACUCGUCAAACAGGCCAUCACCCGCGCCAUCACCACCUUCUGCCAGGCCCUCGACGUCCCUCUACCCGGAAAGGCGAAACGCGUACGAAAGUCCAAGAAGGAAGAGAAAGAGGAGCAACCGCCCGAUAGGAUAGAAGGGGAGCCCAAGCCUGAGGCUACAGCUGCCAAGGAAGACGUGCGAGUGUCAAUUGAGAAUGAGGCUGAGGUUGAAGUGGAAGAGUCGGAAUUCGAGGGAUUCUCAGAUCAUGAUGAUCCUGUUCAGGAGCCUGAAGAGCUUGACAGUGAAGAUGAAGCGAACGAAGAGAAGUCUAUGUCCAAGUAUGAUCACUUGCUGGGCGGCUCUUCCGAUUCUGAAGACGAAGACGAUUUCGACGACGAGAGAUUCGAGCGCUUCAAGGGCAAAGAGAAGGUCAAUCUAGACGACAUAUCCGUUUCUAGCUCAGACGCCGCACCAGAGCUCGGUUCCGAAUCAGAAGAUGAAGAAGAAGAAGAAGAUGAUGAUGAUGAUGAAGAGCUUUCUGUCUCAGCUUCGCCCUCGCCACCUCCAGCCAAGAAGAAAAAGAGCAAGGACAAGGCAUCAGCACCCGCUCGUCCUCGUGAAUCGACCUUCCUACCCACACUCAUGGGUGGUUACAUCUCAGGUUCUGAGUCCGCCUCCGACGUUGAUGUUGCCCCAGCAAAGAAACGUCGCGGCCAACGAGCCCGCCAGGCAAUUUGGGAGAAGAAAUUCGGUAACAAGGCAAAGCACUUACAAAAGCCUGCUUGGGAAACACAACGCGGGCGUGAUUCUGGAUGGGAUGGUAAGCGUGGUGCUGUGGAGCCAGGAGAUGGGCCGCGAACGCCCUGGAAGAAGGGCAUUCGCAAUCCUCUUGCGGCCAGGCAAGGCGGUAGUGAGGGAGCGGAGAGCAAGCCCGAGGUGAAGAGGCCGCCUCCAAAGAAGGAUGAUGAGGGACCAUUGCAUCCUAGCUGGGCAGCCAGGAAGCAAGCGAAAGAUGCAGAGAAGACAGCGGCAUUUGCAGGAUCCAAGAUUACAUUUGACUAG